AUGGCGGGUGCAAAUCUGCUUUUGCGUGUAUUUGACCCAAAAGACCUCCAUGAUCAGCCUCUCCUGCUAUCUCGACUAAUGGUCAUGCUCAACGAUGCUUACAGCGAGAUUGACGCCCCAGACUCGUUUCCUCGGGUUUCAACCCCCGACGCUCUGUGGGAAGAAUUUGGACCGGAUGGUAUUUGUGCAAUAAUUCAGGAUUCGGCGAAUGAUGACAUUCCUGUCGCCAUAGCCGGAGCGAAACGGUGGCACAAACAGGCUCUUGGAGAUGGAAUAGACGAGCCCCGUAAUGAAUGGGAGGUCAGUGCGGUUGCGUCCCAGAAUGAUCUUCGAUACCGAAGGCGUGGUUUGGUCGAUAGAUGCCUGAAUGUUCUGAGGGAGAGACUGUUGCAAAAAUUUCCCAGGCAAUGUGUUUGCUUAUGGGUCAGGGCUGAGUCAGGCAUUCGAGUUGACUACUGGAGGAAGAAAGGCUUCGUAGUGGUUGGUGAGCCGUGGACUAUACCUGUGGGUGAAUGGCAUCGUGAUCUCAGUUUUACUGGCGUUACUAUGAGGAAGACGAUCUCGAGGAGCACAAGUGAUGCCGCACCUCUCGAGUCCAGCUUUGGCUAA